AUGAAAGAUAAAUUUCUCUUUGACAAAAAAGCUUAAAAUAUUAUUGAGUUAAUCAAUCUUUUUAAAAACGUAAUUCUCAUUUCUCAUAUUUUUGCAUGUAUAUGGAUAUUGGCAGCUAAAAUAUCAUACUUAACAUAUGACAUUUCUUAACUUUAAUAAUAGCCAAAUAGUAUAAACAAUAGUAUUAAUACUUAAACAUGGAUAGAUCUUAUGCAACUAACAGAUUCUUCUUGGUUAGUGUAGUAUAUUUAUUCAUAUUACUUUAUUACAGUGACUAUGUGCACUGUAGGUUAUGGUGAUAUCAAGCCUACUAAUGUGAUAGAAAUUAUAGUUUGCACUGUUUUGAUGAUGAUUUGUUGUGCAAUUUUUGCAUUUACAAUUAAUUCUAUUGGGUAAAUCUUUUAAGACUUUUAUCAAAAAGAGAAUAUAAUAAGAGAGAAAAGAUUUAUAAUUGGAAACUACAUGAUAAAAAAAGGAAUAUCAAAAUCAACUAUGAAGGAUGUUUAUGAAUAUCUUGAGUACUAUUGGAAAGAAAAGAGUGAUGAAAAUCUUAAAGAGGAAAAUCAUAUUAUUUCUUAAUUGUCGAAUGGAUUGAGGGAGGAGCUUUUAGCUGAAUCAAAUCGUAUUAUAUUUAAAGAAUGUUCUUUCUUUAAAGAUAAUUUUAGUUAUGAAACUUUGCUCAGGUGUCUGCCAAUAAUUCAAGAGUAAAGAUGCACUCCUGAAGAAGUUAUUUAUGACUCAGAAAUCGGCGAUUCUGAUGUUUGGCUCUAUUUUAUCUAAUAAGGAGAGCUUGAAAUUUAUAUGCAAUCUCCUGAUUACUCAAAUAAAAGAAAAAUUUCAUUUUAAAACUCAGCUAUUACCAUAAUUAAAUAGGGAGACUAAUUUGGAGAAGUUUCUUUUUUUACUGGGGAGUAGCCUAAAAUGAGUUUAAAGAGUUUAAAUUUCUCGAAAUUAUUGAAGAUAAAGAGAUCAGAUUUUAUAAAAGUUAUCAUGGAAGAUAAAGUGGAAUAUGAAACUUUUUGUAUGAUUAAAGAUAUGAUAAUAUUCUCAAAAAAUCCAACUAUGCUAAAAAAGAAAUGCCAAUCAUGCAAUGAUCAAACGCAUGACAUAGGAUAGUGCCCUUAUCUUCAUUUAUAGUUAAAUAAAGGGAAGAUUUAUGGGUAAUUGCUUAAUAGUGUAUCCCAUUCAAAAAGAGAAAAGCUUAAAAUAGAAAGGUCAAUAAAAUAUAAAUAGCCUACUUUAGAAAAUUUGGAAAAUUUUUAUGAAAGGUAUUUUUAAUAUUUGAAUGAUAAAUAUGAGGAUUUGGUAUAAUAUGAAGAGAAGUAUAUUAAUGUCUAUCCUUAUUUAAGAUAAAACUCUUGUUUUGCGUUUCCUCCAGAAGAAAAAAUAGAAUAUUUAAAUGGGAAGACAAAUGAUUAUAAUCCAAAAGAAAGCAAUAUCAAUUUAAAUAUUUGUAAUAACAUUCCACCCAAUAUAAAUGUUAUCCAGAAAUCUAACUCAUUAAACUAAAGUAGUAGUAACGAAAGUAGCAGUACGAAUCCUUAGGGUAGCUUAGUAAAUUAACACAAUCAACAACUUAUUCAGUAACCUUCUGCUUACAUGAAAUAAACAUCUAAUGCAAAAAAGAAUUUAUAAGUUAAAUAAGUCAGUUUCUAAAAAUUAAGCCACUCCUCAUGUGAUGAAGAAUCACAAGAAUAAAGUGAUGAUUUUUAAGAAAAUUUAAAACUGAAAUAGAUGAUUUUGGUAGAUAAAGAUUCGAGCUUUAGUAAUAAUUAACAGUAGCCAUAGAUUACUUAUACAAAUAGCUCUAGUAUUUAAAGUUAAAAGCUUUAGGAUCCUUGCUCGUAAAAUUAACUAAAUAACAAAUAAAUUUCUUUAAAAUAAAUAACAAAAGAUUUAUCUGGAUUUAUGACAUUGAAAAGUGAUUUGUAACAUUAAUCUUCUUCUUAAACAAUGAAUUGUAGCAAUAGUAUCAACAAUAUCAAUAAUAAUAAUAUAAAUAACCAGCAUGAAAAUAAACUCUCUUAAUCUUAAAAAUAUGUUUCAUCCAUAUCUUAAAUACCUCGUUAGUAUAGUGAAAUGUAUGUUAAAAGAUUAACUUUGCAAGAGAUAAACAAAUAAGAAACAUCGAAUGACUAAUUUGAUUGUUUUUUUGGACAAUUUGAAAAGAUGAGAAGGAUGACCAAUUAUUUUCCUUAUUUUAAUUACAAAUUCAUUUUAGAAAAAAUAAAUAAAUAAAUUAAUUAUUUAAAUAACACAAGAAAAGAAUCAAUAAAAGCUGAAUAUGCGCGAAGUAUAAUAAGCCAUAGCUUAGUUAAUAAAAAUAGAAACAGAAAUAGCUAAAAAAAUAUGCUUUUAAGUUAAAAUUUUAAGAAUUAUCAAUAGCAAAGAAAAGACUAAAGGAUGAAUUCCUCAUUGUUUAGAGUUGAGAGUAAGAAAAUAAGUUAGGAUAAUUUGAAAGCUAAGUCUCAGUUUGUCCUUAAUAAUAAAAAUCUACACUAAGAAGAAAAAUCUGAAUUAUGCUAAAACAUAGAAGAUUUCAUAACAUAAGAAGUAAAUUGCUUUACAGCUAGUAAAAUAGACCCAAAUACGCCUUCUUAAAGUUUCACAAACGAAAAAAAUUUCACAAAUUAUAAGGAUGUUCAAAUAUUUAACAAGAAAGCAUCGUAUGAUUUCUAAUGA